AUGCGAUACUUAUUACCUACCUAUUGGAAUGUAAUCCAGCUUUAUGAUGUAUUGGCGUUGACUAUAUUUGGUGUUGAUGACGACGAGUUUCUGAAAAAUGUUGGCGAAAAUUAUGAUAUAUCAUCUUUAUACUCGUUUUUAAAGAAUAAUAAGGCUGCUGAUACAGUAAGAAUACCGGAAAUCUUGCCUGUUAUCUCCGCCAUGUGGAAUGAAGCAAGAAAAUUCGUUGAUGACGCUUGUAUUAACUCCUCACAAACGCCUACACUGACCCAACCAAGUCGCAUUCGUAGUAAUAGUGUUGGGGAAACCAUUAUGAAAGAGAAAGAUUACCAAAAUAUACCAGAGUCAUCACGGUCCAAUGCUAUACAUGCUUACAAAAGCCAUGUAGAGCUAUUUAACCACAUUUAUAACACUUACACGUCGUUCAAAGAUAUCUUUACCACACCAGAAAAUCUUGAUAUAGUUGUCAGGACUCUAUUUGCCUUUAUUUGUGAUACGCAUCAAAUGGCAGUUGAGGACGAGCUGUUGUCCAGAGAAGUCACUAUCGCUAAUCUUGAAUUUGACUCGUUAAGCUCACCUAUGUCUCCUAUAUCUUCCUCAGCUGCAGACGAUGCCGCUACCGUUACUAAUGCUGUAACAUCUAGCAGCCGUUUUAUCAAACGAGGUGGGACGGCAGCUUUGACAACGAAAACUUCGCCCCACGUUUCUAAUCAAAAGGUGGGGUCUACUGUAUCUUUAAGGCUUGCAAUGUGGAAUCAAGCGAAUAGUGAUGCACAUGUUUUCAAAAUACCAGAAAAUGCAAUGAUGGACGCUCUGCUGAAUUUUGUCGUAGAUAUCUGCGUACAAUUUAUCACUAAUCCGAAAAGCAAAGGCAUAGAAGACUUAUUGACAGUAUUCGCUGCUGUUCCUCCCAGUCCACAUGAAGAACAAGUGCUUUUUGAAAGCUUUUUGAUGACACAUAUUUUGCAAAGACUAAAAGCCACCGCACAGCUCGACACACACUUAUUGCUGGACUCUCAUGUCAUGGCUAAUUUGUCCAAGUUCCUACAAGUUUCAGCUGAUGCUGUCAUCCACGGUAAAUUCAGAGAAGGCGGUAUCGAACAAACAUACGAUCUAUUGGCAACCAUAUUAGAAAUUUUGCAUACGGAUAGCUUUACUGGGUACUAUGGAGGGAAUGAUGCUUCUGUGAUGUUAUUGUAUAAGUCGUUUAAUCGUAUGGUGAUAGCGAAGUUAUCUGAUUUGGAGUACAAUAACUUUGAGCCUGCUAAAAUUGAUGAAUUUAUACAUCAUUGCAUACACCAUCAAAGAAUUAUUCUGAGCGCCAAGAAUACUGAUCUUGAGCUUUUGAAGUGUUUUUGCUAUCAUCUAUAUCGGUAUCUAUUCGUUGCUGACAACAAAAUCAGAGAUGCUGCUACCAGCCUGUUGAAACUACUUGUUUUACAAAAACCCAAAGAUCUAGAAAAUGUAUUGAGUAUUCGCGCGAAGGGUCUUGAAUCUCAAGAUUUGAUCAGUGGAUUUAUACACAUGUUGGAAAUGGAUCAUGAAUCUUUCCACAGGUGGCUCGACUCCCGUAAAAUUGAACUAAAUACAAUAUUCAAUGAACAUAUUAGUAAAGCAUGGGAUACGAUAAUUCUCCAAGAGAUUAAGUAUAGCAGAGAGAUGUUCAAAAACUUCGUAACGCGACGCAUCAACACACUUAAGAAGGUCCAAAAGCGAGAGUCUCUUGAACGAAGUAUCAUCGAUAGUUACAAAAAUGAUACUAUAUUGUGGUCACAAAACAUUUAUGAAGUCGAGAUAGGUCGGUUCGCCAAAGCAUUGCAAGAUUUUGAUGGUCAUGAAAGUUUUGUACAGGGUGAAUGGUCACGGAUAGCUUCAGACUUUAUGCGUGAAAGAGCCAUAUGGGGUAUGCAAAAGGCGUCAGAUACAAAGUGGCGCUUAGAUUAUACCGAAGGACCAAAUCGUAUGCGAAAGCGUUUACAAGAAGCUGUUAAUGUGAGCCAUACGUCUUACUUAUCAAAGCAAGAAGCAGCUGGUCAUUCUCAUAGAAGCAAUCAGGAAGAAAGAAGUCAGACAGUCACUCCACUUGAUGAUAGCAAUGGCAGGAAUAUAAAGCUUACACGUGUUGCAGCUGAUAUUACAGCCGACGAGGACCAUUUUACUCACGAGAAAAAUGAUGAGCAUUUGAUAACCACGGCCGAUGGUAGCUCAGUGGCAGAAAAUCUCGGUAAAUUAGAAUUUGAUGAUGAUGACGAUGAAAAUGAAGAUAUGUCUUAUGAAGAAGAUAAGAACAGAAAGGUGCUUCGUUUAUUGGAGCAGGGUGAUAUGGUUUUGGAUGUUUAUAAUGUCAGCCAAAUUGCUGGUCUAGAUGCAUGCGAAGGCUUACUCCUCCUGUGUAAAAAUAAUAUCUACUUAAUCGACAAUUUCUUCCAGCUGGGCAACGGUGAGGUGGUAGAAAUUUGGGAUGUUCCUAAAGAAGAACGUGAUCAAUAUUUAAUUUUGCUUGCUCAAGCUGCCGGAGUAGAAACUGAGCCAAGAAAUCGCUCUUCUGGUGAAUUUCACACAUGCAGAAAGUGGGCAAAUGCUGACCUUCGAGAUGUUUUCAAGAGACGUUUUCUGUUUAGAGAUGUUGCACUAGAAAUUUUCUUAAAUGAUGGGCAGAACGCGCUUAUUACGGUCGCUUUAGAAGAACGUGACGAACUGUUUUCAAAAAUUAUUAACAGAGUAUCUGUACAUGAAGAAUCCGAAAGUACCGUAUUUGAUCAAAGUAUCGAUAAAUAUACAGCUAGUGGAUUAGGGAAUACCUUCAAAUUAUCGAGUAUAUUUGGUGCUUCCAGUUUGUCUGGGUUGACCCAACGUUGGGAACGUCGUGAAAUCUCGAACUUCCAAUAUCUAAUGUAUUUAAAUGCUAUCGCUGGUAGAUCAUACAAUGAUUUGACCCAAUAUCCUGUGUUCCCUUGGAUUUUGGCAGAUUACUACAGCAGCGAACUUGACCUUGAUGAUCCGAAGACUUUCAGGGAUUUAACAAAGCCAAUGGGUGCUCAAACUGCUGAGAGACGGCAAGAAUUUUCUGAGCGAUAUCGUCAAUGGAGUGAAACGAAUGAUCCUGCGCCAGCUUUCCAUUACGGCACACAUUACUCUUCCGCUAUGAUUGUUUGUUCUUUCUUGAUACGUCUUGAACCGUUCACCCAGCAUUAUUUGAAAUUGCAAGGAGGAACAUUUGAUCAUGCUGACCGCCUCUUUGAUUCGAUCAGUAAAGCAUGGGAAUCUGCAUCUGAAAAGAACAUGGGUGACGUUAGAGAAUUGAUACCCGAGUUUUUUUACUUGCCUGAAUUUUUGAUAAAUGUGAAUAAAUUCAAUUUUGGGGUCAAGCAGAACACAGGAGAGACCAUUGAUUCCGUCGUGUUACCGCCCUGGGCACACAAUGAUCCCAAGAUUUUCAUUCAAAAGCAUCGUGAGGCACUAGAAAGUGAUUAUGUUAGCGCAAACCUUCAUCAUUGGAUCGAUUUAAUUUUUGGUUACAAACAGCAAGGACAAAAAGCCGUUGAAAAUAUGAACGUUUUUCAUCAUGUAUCUUACGAAGGCGCUGUUGACUUAGAUUCCAUCACAAAUACAAUAGAAAAAACAGCCACAAUAGGUAUUAUAAAUAACUUUGGACAAACCCCACGCCAACUUUUUAAGAGAGCCCAUCCAGCUAGGCCACCUAAGAAUACCAGAAUAACAAAUAAUAACUUUUACAUUGAAAACAACUUGGAUAACUUAAUGCAAUCCUAUUUGCCGCAUCUAAUGCCUCCGGAUGGCAUGCGUUAUCUUGAAUGGGGAUUUUCGGACAACAGUUUACGAGUAUUAUCCACUGAAAGUGGAAAGGUAUGUUACAAUGUUCACCUUUAG